AUGGAAAAUUAUUGCGCCAGCAUUAAGGAAGAAGUGAUUGACUGCAAAAAUUUUGUACCAUUCAAUGAGGAGGAUGCAAAUUGUCGCAAUCUAUAUUACCAUCAAGGUCUUCCGUACAGUGUUAUAGUUAAGAACUGUGAUGGAAAAUGCGAGAAAGAGCUGGAAUCGUCACGUCCAAUGUUCCCACGAUAUUAUCAAAGGGGUCAAGCAUUAACGGUGCUAAAUCCGGUCAGUGGUGAACGUUAUUUCUUUUAUUCCAGUGAUAAUGGCACUUCGUAUUGCUUUCAGCUCGAACCGCAGCCAUGUGAAACUUUAUGCCAACCAAAUGGUCGAUGUGUACGCCUUAAUCCCGAAACCAGAAUUGAGAGAUUCGACUGUCUGUGCAAAUUUGGAACCUACGGAAUUUCAUGUGAGAAAGAAUACCCAAAACGUCUUGAGAUAAUAGCCAUUGGUUGGGCAGUAGCAAUUACGGUCUUUAUUAUGGGAUUAUUGCCAACCAUCUAUCACGGGCGACAAAGAAUUUAUUGGGGAUCAUCGGAUCGUCGUCGAUUUGUCGAUGUACGCCGUGAUUCAAGACUGCUAAGGACACCAGCACAGACACAGUUAAUUAGACCUAAUAUUGCAAUAUAG